AUGCCCUCCGACCCUGAAGAAGAAACUACUAGGCCCCAAGCUCCGGACCCGGAGGUUUUCAUGGAUUUGGAUCUCGAUCUGGAUGGCUCGUGGCCAUUGGAUCAGAUCUUUGCGGCAGCUGCGGCGAAUCCCGUGCCGCCGUUUUUGCUGUCUAGUUCGGAGCAGCCGUGUUCUCCACUUUGGGCCUUUUCAGAUGAUAAUAAUAACUGGAAUUUCGUAUCAGGCGCUGGUUCCCGGUUAGCCGACUCCUCCAGGAUAAUUUCUUACUCCAGUAACCCUGAUAUAGCAGCUGAAAGUGUAUGUGCUAAUGACGACAAGAAAAAUCUCCCUUCUCCUUAUGUGGGAACGAUGCCUAUUGGCAAUCCUGAUGGGUCGUGUAUGAUAAAAGAAAGGAUGACUAAAGCUCUUCGGUAUUUCAAGGAUUUGACUGAACAGCAUGUCUUAGCUCAGGUUUGGGCACCUGUGAAAAAUGGUGGCCGAUAUAUGCUCACUACAUCAGGGCAACCGUUUGUUCUCGACCCAAAUAGUAAUGGGCUCCAUCAGUAUAGGCUGGUCUCCCUUAUGUAUAUGUUUUCUGUGGAUGGUGACAGUGAUGGAGAUCUCGGACUUCCAGGUCGUGUGUUUCGGCAAAAGUUGCCAGAAUGGACACCAAAUGUACAGUACUAUUCCAGCAAAGAAUUUCCACGUCUCAACCAUGCAUUGCAUUACAAUGUUCGAGGAACUUUAGCUUUGCCUGUAUUUGAGCCUUCGGGGCAGUCAUGCGUUGGUGUGCUUGAGCUGAUAAUGACCUCCCAGAAAAUAAAUUAUGCCCCAGAGGUUGAUAAAGUCUGCAAGGCGCUUGAGGCAGUGAACUUGAAGAGUUCAGAGAUCUUGGAUCACCAAAGUACACUGAUAUGCAACGAGGGCCGCCAGAAUGCGUUGGCGGAGAUCCUGGAGAUAAUCACGUUGUACCCGCUCGUGCACUACGCCCGCAUGUUUGGCCUCAGAAGCAGCUUCGCCAUCUGCCUGCGCAGCAGGCACACCGCUGACGACGACUACGUCCUCGAAUUCUUUCUGCCUCCAGACAUUGUCAGCUGUGGGGACCAGCGUGCCCUUCUCGACUCGCUUCUGGCCACUGUCAAGCAGCAUCUGGGGAGCUUGAGGGUGGCUUCGGGGAGGGACCAUGACCAGGAUUGGGGGUCUGUCGAGAUUGUCAAGGCUUCUGCUGCUGAUGAGAAUCUGAGUUUCAGUCCUCUAUUUCCGGCUUUGCCCGGUUCCGGUUCCGUUCCGAAUGGGAAAGCUUUGCCCGGUUCCGGUUCCGUUCCGAAUGGGAAAGCUCCACAGGUCGAUGGUUCUGAAGUGCAGGUGGCAGUGGCCAAAUCUGAUCCUGCAAAUGUUAAGGGAGAUGCUAACGGACCCGUUCGAGUACCAAAUGCUUCGAAUAUUGCUCGACUGAAGGGUACAGGCAAGAAACCCGAGAGGAAGCGAGGAAAGGCCGAGAAAAUGAUUAGCUUAGACGUUCUACAGCAAUAUUUCGCCGGUAGCCUCAAGGAUGCUGCGAAAAUCCUUGGCGUUUGUCCUACUACUAUGAAACGCAUCUGUAGACAGCACGGGAUUUCUCGCUGGCCUUCUCGCAAGAUAAAUAAGGUUAAUCGUUCUCUUACGAAGCUCAAGCGUGUAAUUGAAUCUGUACAAGGUGGUGAAGGAGGAACUUUCAGUUUGUCUUCGUUGGGCACGAGUCCUAUUCCUGUCACGGUUGGUCCCCUUUCGUGGACAGCACCCAAAUUGAAUGGAUUGAACCAACAAAACUCACCGACCUCCGACCAAUCUGAAUUUCAGGAAGACAAGAAAAACUUUCCAAUGACUGAGGCUCCCGGAGAUGAAAAACAUGCAGAGCCCUUGCAUCAUAUUCCGCCGGAUCUGAAUGCAAGACACGAAAACCUAAAUUCUCAGUGUGAUGGAUUUUUCCCGUGCAGAGGCUCAAACAGAUCCUCCAGGAGCGGCUCAAGAGAAGAGAGCACAGGGACCCCUACUCCCGAAGGCUCAUGCCAAGGUAGCCCUUGUCCUAGAAAUGAAAAUGAAAUCUCCCCUUUAAAUGAUCAGCCCUGCAUGAAUGCAAGAGGCCCGCACGAGAUGGUGUGCCUGCAAACUGAAGAAAUUAAUCCGCCCGUCACAUUCUCAAUUCCUGAUAAUUUAUUUGGAGCAGCUGAGGAGCCAUUUCGCGAAAAUAUAAUAGAGGAUGCAGGAAGUUCACCUGACCUUAGAAAAGUAUGUCCAGCUGGUGAAACCCUAUUCGAUGAGCAUGUCGUUGAGUACAGUUGGACGAAGGCACCCUGUCCCGAUGCCGUAAUGCUCAAAGAUUGCUUGGCCACUCGACUUGAUCAUACGCCGCAAUCUGAAGCUAGGCCAGAGGUGAAAACGAUCACUAUAAAGGCCACAUACAGAGAUGACAUAAUCAGGUUUCGAGUUCCCAUGGAGUCUGGUAUCCUUAGGUUGAAGGAGGAAGUGAGCAAGAGGUUGAAGCUGGAGAUGGGCACUUUUGAUAUCAAGUAUCUUGAUGAUGAUCAUGAGUGGGUCUUGAUAUCUUGUUAUGCCGACUUGCAGGAGUGUAUUGAUUUGUCAAUAUUGUCCGGAAGCAAUAUAAUCAGGCUGCUAGUGCACGGCUGUUCGGUCAACCCUGGGAGUCCGUGUGAGAGUUCAGGCUAG